AUGGCGAUCCAGAAGAAGCAUGGAAAAGGCCGUCUCGACAAGUGGUACAAGCUCGCCAAGGAGAAGGGCUACCGCGCGCGUGCCGCCUUCAAGUUGAUCCAGCUGAACAAGAAAUAUAACUUUCUGGAAAAGAGCAAGGUCUUGAUUGAUCUUUGCGCCGCGCCCGGAUCAUGGUGUCAGGUCGCUUCCGAGGUUAUGCCCGCAAACUCCCUCAUCGUCGGCGUCGAUCUCGCCCCAAUCAAGCCUAUCCCGCGGUGCAUUACCUUUCAGAGCGACAUCACAACGGACAAGUGCCGAGCGACGCUGCGCCAACACCUCAAGCAUCUCAAGUGCGAUACGGUGCUUCACGACGGUGCCCCCAAUGUCGGAACUGCGUGGGUGCAGGAUGCCUUUACCCAGGCUGAGCUUGUGCUGCAAUCCAUGAAACUGGCAACCGAGUUUUUGGUCGAGGGCGGAACUUUUGUCACCAAGGUCUUCAGAUCAAAGGACUACAACUCGCUGCUCUGGGUUUUCAACCAGCUUUUCACAAAGGUCGAAGCGACAAAGCCGCCGUCUUCCCGAAAUGUAUCCGCCGAAAUUUUCGUCGUCUGCCGUGGCUACAAAGCCCCAAAGCAUCUUGACCCCAAGUUUCUCGACGCGCGCAGUGUCUUCGCCGAGCUCGCAGAUCCCACGCCUAACAACGAAGCCAAGGUUUUCAAGCCCGAAGUGAAGAAGAGGAAGCGUGAGGGUUAUGAGGAAGGAGACUGGACACAAUUCAAAGAGGCUCCUGUGUCUGAAUUCAUCCAAACUGUCGACCCCAUUGCCAUGCUUGGUGGCUUGAACAAACUGAGCUUCGAUCAAAAGCCCAACGGCGACAUUGCUGUCGCUACCAUUGACAAGCUUCCAGAAACGACCAAGGAAAUCAGGGAGUGCUGCGCCGAUCUAAAGGUCUUGGGCCGAGCCGACUUCAAGCGCCUUCUCCGCUGGCGACUUAGAGUACGCGAAAUCUUUGGCUUCGCGACAAAGAAAGCCAAGACCGAGGAAGACAAGGCCAAGGAGGCGCAGGAAGGCGACGAGGUUGCCGAGGUAGAGUCCAUGGAUGAAGAAAUGCAAAUUGAGGAAGAGCUGGAACGUCUGAAGGAAAAGGAAACAAAAGCAAAAAAGAAGCAGCGUCGCGCAGAGAACGAGCGCAGGCAAAAAGAGAUUACUCGGCUGCAAAUGAACAUGGCUACACCGUUCGAUAUUGGUCUGGAACAGGUUGGUCCGACCGGCGAAGACGCCAUGUUUGGCCUCAAAGCUGUUGACAAGGCCGGUGCUCUCAACAAGAUCGCCAGGGGAAAGAUGGCACAAAUUGUGGAGAAGGAAAAGCCGGAAGAGGUCGAGGAAGAGCCUGAAACUGAUGAUGAGGAAGACCGGCUCGAACGAGACCUCGAUGCCAUGUACGGUGACUACGUUGAGCAAAGAUCCGCUCGAGAUGCCAAGUACCGGGCAAAACGCGCGAGGAAACAAGACGACGAUGGAGAGUGGAAUGGAUUUUCUGACGACGACAAGGAGCAAAGCGAUGACGAUGAGCUUGUACAAGACGCCGACAGCGACUGGAGCAGUGAUGAAGAGGAUGGACCGAACGAACUAAUCACCGAUCUCGACCGCGAAGACCAGCCUAAACAGGGUCUCACAAAGCGUGCUGCACGCUUUUUCGAUCAAGACAUUUUCAAGGACAUCGACGGGCUCGAGGAUAUGGACGAAGAUGAUGAUAGUGGUAUUGAUGUCGAAGACAGUGCAGGCGUGAAGAAGGAGUCCGCUACCCCCACCCGUACAUCUGAGAAGGAGUUGUCGAUUCGAACAAGCAAGAAGACUGCUCCACCACUUGCAGCUUCCGAUGAAGAUUCAUCCGAUGACGAUGAUGACAAGAUUGAAGAAGUCGCGCGCGACGAAACACAAUGGGAGCAGGACUCUAUGCCCAUGAAGAACGGCAAGCCAGACAUUGACAUUAUCACGGCGGAAGCCAUGACACUCGCUCACCAAAUGGCCACCGGCCAGAAAACAAAGUACGACCUUUUGGACGAAUCAUUCAACCGCUACUCUCACCGCGACGUGGACGGCCUCCCCGACUGGUUCCUCGAUGACGAAAACAAGCACUCCAAGCUGCAGCGCCCAACCACGGCCGCAGCUGCCGCCGCCAUCAAGGAGAAACUCCGCGCGCUCAACGCCCGGCCCAUCAAAAAGGUCCGUGAAGCGCAAGCUCGCAAGAAGUUCAAGGCUGCACAGCGCUUGGAGAAGCUCAAGAAGAAGUCUGCGCUUUUGGCUGACGAGGAGGGUAUGACGGAGAAGGAGAAGGCAGCGAGCAUCGCGCGACUCAUGUCAAGAGCGGCCAAGAAGAAGCCCAAGCAGAAGGUCAGUGUCAUUGUGGCCAAGGGUGGCAACAAGGGUAUCAAGAACAGACCAAAGGGUACAAAGGGUAAGUACAAGAUGGUUGACGCUAGGUUGAAGAAGGAUGUCAGGGGUGAAAAGCGGGCGGCGAAGAAGCAGAAAAAGCGGUAGACAGACUUUGAUUUUAUGAAUUUUUUUUUUCGCUCCUCAGGACCAGUAGUUGCUGUUGAGGGGUCUCCCGGCACCUCGUUGUCCACGAUGUCUGUAUACCACUGUUGGAUGGGAAAAAAUGUGCUGUUUUAUUGCGCGAUGAGGAAGUUCAACGCGUGCC